GAGGCAGUGAACAAACAAACAAACCGGCGAGGCGAUGUCGUGGUGAUCGGAGGGUGUUUUGAGCUCGACUGCCGCCUGAUGUAGCAGCCCAAGGUGUAAACCGGCGUGGAUUAUUGCAAUAUCUUCCGGUCACAGCAUUAGAUGGUCUUGCGCCUGCUUUGACAUCGUAAAGGUCGAAAAGGGACUGACCUUUUUAAAUAACUGAACUCUGUUGCAUUUUCUGCUAUGGUGAUGGCACACAGCCUCUGUUACAACUCAUUGACACCCUCUGGCAGGCAGCUUUUUCAGUCUCCCACACUGGACGUAUAUGGGAAAAAUGCAUCAUGUGCUGCAGCACGUAUCCAGGAUCCACUGUGCUGGCAGACAGACUGUUUUGUACCAGCAUACUGUAAUUCCACUACACAUCUGGAAGAAAAAGGCUCUAGGCAGGGAGAUGGAAUAAGUGAAAGCAUGGACACCAGUAUGGAGUCUCCAGGAUAUAAUCCAAUGGUAAAUGGAAUGAGAACAACUACUACAAAAUCUGAAGUGAAGCAUCCUCCUUUGAGGAAUGAGUUUUUCAGGAGAAAACACAAGCGGGAGCAGGAGGAAGCUGAUGCUCCUGCUAGAAAAAAACGUCUAACUGAGAAAAUGCUUGACUGUCUGGUGACUUCAGUGAAUGUGUCAUGCAGCUCUUGGCCUUACACUUCCAACCCCCUGGAAAGUGGGAUGUCUGAUGUUGCCUCCACUUCUUGGCAGAUUGGGCCUAGCUCACAGGAAUUUAGGGUUAUUGAAAAUGAAGCACCCUACGUGGAAAUGAAACCUGAUCCGAGCGAAGAGGGAUUGCAGAAACUGAAGGAGAUUGAAAAUCGGCUUGUUGAGGGCGACGAUCCAGAAGGCGAUGGAAUUGAGGUUUCAGACAUGCCAGUGCUAGUUUUAUCUGAUUCUCUACGAGAAGAACUGAGGCCUGGUCUGGAAGAAAUUUUGCCUCGUAGAAUAAUGGAAUCUUUGAAUCGUCCAUGUAUGGAACUUGUUUUGUGGAGACCCCCGUGUGAGCCACUUUCUGAUAAACUUGCAGCUUUACCGGAGCAAAGAAACUCCAAACAUAAGCAGCCGCAGUGCAACUCUGAUGUGUACAACAAGAGCUCAAAAUUGGAUUCAUCCUUAAUGUGUGGUGAUAUGAAUCCAGCCAACACACCUGAAGAGGACAUGGAGCUUUAGAAACAACUUGCAGGACAGACUUGUGGGGUAAAAGCACUCUGACUUGCAAAGAUUCUCCAUAGGAAGGUGUGGAGUAUUUUCUCUUCAAGUUUUUAAAAACUUUUAAAAAAUGACAUUUUGGAAGUUUUGCUGCCCCCACUGUUCUUGCAUAAACCAAAUUCUGAACAUUGCUGCAGUUUGUACAGUUUUUGUGUAAUGACUGCGUCUGGGGUAGCCUUUCUAUUUUUGCAAGCCUGUUCCUAUUGCAGUCAAUUGAUCAAAGCUGUGAAGGUCAUAAUCAGUCUUUUUAACAACUGAUGUGGGUGCGGCAGUAAGUGUUCUAAUUUAUAAUACACCUAAGGUGCUAAUUGUUUUUGUUUCUAUUUAAUAGAUAGCAAGGUAGGGAAUUGGGAAAAGGUUUUCAAGAGUUGUGCAUGAGAUUUGUCGAGUGUAUGGACAUACAUGGAAAGCAUUUUGAACUGUUCUUGAUGUUGAAUGUAAAUAUUUUAUGAAUGACUGUAACUUGCUAGCCAUGAACUCCUGAUAGAAGAUUGGUUUUCCUAUUCUGUCUGACAAAUGGGAGGGAAAAAAUACUAAAGAGAAUCUUAAUUGGAGUAAAUGCAAAAAAACCCUUAACUUUUGUACUUCAGUUUCAUUUGUACAAGCAAAUUUUGCUAAACCAGUUACUUUUGAGCCUAUUUGUUAUAACAGUUAUGGGAAACCUGUAUAUCACUCACUGAAUGAAAAAAAUAUCCUCCUUUUUUGUCCUGGCAAAUGAAAGUGGUAGCCUAAUUUAGUUUGAGGACUUGCUUGUUGACAUUUUUUUGCUUAGAAAGUUUAGCAUAUAAGACACUCUUAUUUCAAACCUAUUAGUGAGGAAUUGCUUUGAGCAUAUAACUACCAUUGUAAAGCUGAUUUCACUGCUCUUACAAACCAAUAAGUAGAUUUUUUUUUUGUUUUGCUUUGUGUCUCUAGGAAAGUGGGGUCUGGGAAGGUGGGGUAAUAGCGCUUUAAGCUUGUUUUGUCAUUCAUUCGGACAUGGUUGAUCUGUUCUCAACUUCAUUCAAAUAUUCUAACUUAAUUCAUUUUAGUUUUGGUUCAAAGCAAGUGGUUGUCUCUUUUGGGACCAAUCUUUGCAGCUUUGAAAUUAACGUAGAAUUUGGCUGUCUGUUUUGAAUGUAGGAUGUUGAUGUGUUGGAGCAUUGGAAUAGGGUCUGCGGACCAUAGAGGAAGGAGACUGUUGAACAGGUUACCAUAAUGCAUGCUUACUGAUACUUAGGUGUUAGAUAACAGGGCAUGGAACUGGCAUUUUCCUACUCUAAUAGCAGUUAGGGGACACUGACACAAGCAUCAGGACUUUACAGCUUUUAACUAUUUCCUAAUUUAGCUUCAGUGUAACCGUGUAGAAACCCAUUUACAACUAGUAAAAUGGUUGAUGUGAAGUGCCAAGAGGUUAACAAAUAUCAAAAUCCUAAAAUAACACUGAAGUAGUGACCAAAAUGCUGAACAUCAAAUGUAGUCAGCCAAAGUUUGUCAUAAAUUUAGCAUAACCUCUUUGCUUCUCAUUUUUCUGAGAUUUGAACUUUUUUUAUGCUUUUUCUGUGAUCUUACAAAUCUGGCUAUCACUUUCACUGACUUUCAGUAUUUCUACAAAGAUCCUUUUGCAGUACUCCAUUUAGAUUCCUAUUUUAAA